AUGGAGGCUGUCGGCGCUGGUGCCAGCAUUCUCACCUUUAUCACCGUCGCUUUCUCUGUGACCCAAUCUAUCCAUUCGGCACUCUCGGCCAUCAAAGAUGGCCCUCAGGUCAUCCGUCUCCUCACUGAUGAGAUUUUUCAGCUCAAGAGCAUUCUCCAACGGCUAGACGAAGUAUCCUUUGUUUCUAUCAAUGAUAUCGAUAAGUCUCAGUUGAACGGUUUAGCGAAGAAAUGCAAAGAUGACUUGUCCGCACUUAACUUUCGGCUGAAAUCUCUCGAUGUGGCGAAUUCGGAUGGUCGAGGGGAUCGCCUUUGGAGAAAGUUGAAGCUUUCUUUCUCAGGAAAAGACCUCGACCAGGUCCGACACGUUGUUCGAGGCCAUGUGCAACAUCUGACAGUUCGGCUCAAUCUUAUUCAGGUGCAACAGGGGUCUUUUACAGCAACUCAGUCAACUCAAAUUCUUGACCUUCUCCAACAACUGAAACAAGACAUAUCUGCUCUACAAACAACCAAUACAGCUACCCUCAUCGCCGAGGAGGACUCAUCAUCCACUUCAGCAAGAGUGACGGAGGUGGACGAUGAAGAGAUGGACUGUUCACCGGAUACAUCAUUGGAUGAUAGUAUCAAUCGUUUGAUGCGACUACUAGAGAAGAAGCCAUGCGUGGUCGAGUCCGAUGAUUCAGAAGAGCUCCUGAAAGACAUUGAGCAUCUUCUGGAAUGUAUCCGAAAUGACGCAGAGCCUGUCGAGUCAGAAGGGGCCUGCCAGAAUUGCAGCCAAGACGUUUCAAAGGAACUGAAGCUUAUGACAAAUAUCAUCCUCUCUUCUCCGUCGAUGAUGAUCAAUCAAACUGAAGCAACAAGAUUCUGGAGACCAGCUGGCGAACAGCUUCUAAUUUCGCAAAAACCCAAAAGAAAAGCUUUUGAAACAGAUGAUGGAGUUAUAACCGUCACUACAGCUAAGAGACGUCGAAAGGCAUCUUCUGAAAGCGAAACUGAAAACGCCAAAAAUGAAGCUAAAGGAGACUUUCUCGCAAAACUGACCUACAUGUCCAAAAGAACAAAGAAGAUGCUCAGCUUAUCAGUGAAUCAGAGGCAGCUUUUGUUCAGCAGUUUCAGCAGCAUGCUACCUAGUAUCGUGGUCUGUAAUAUCAAACCCAAAGACUCUCCUGUUUUUGAUAUAGCCCGGAACGGCUCAGUCCAAGACCUUCUCAAGCUCAUUGAGGGCGGGGAGGCCCAUAUUCAUGAUCAUGAUGCUUAUGGGUGGUCAUUAUUACACCACUCAGUAGGAAACCUGCCUGUUCUAAAAUUCCUGAUCAAACAGGGAUUGGACGUUGACGAAGUCGCAGAUCAAUCAGAUUGUGACAGUCAGAUAACUCCAUCGCAUCUCUCCUUGAAUCAUGGACGAGAACACUACGAAGCUUUGCUCCAUGCAGGGGCCGAUAUUACUUUAUCGGUCAGAAAACGCGUUGAUGUGAUGAGGUUUCUUACAGAUGGCGAUACAGAGGAUGGCUGUAUCAGAAUGGAACAGACGAUUUAUAUAAGUCCUUUUGCCCGUGAUACUUCAAUCCACUCCGAAUAUCACGAUCUGAUUCCAACGGCACACCGACAGAUACAGUUUCUUACUAAACAAGGGUACGAUAUUAAUGGUACAGUUCAUGGACGAACGAGUCUACACUGGCUUAUGAUCAAAGAAUGCGACUGGAUCGAGUACAUGCCGGAAUAUAUGGAUCUUUUGAUGUUUGUAUUAGAAAAUGGCGGUGAUCCCUACGCUACUGAUGAUAAUGGAUAUCUGGCUUCGCACUACGCUUACAACGCUACUUGUGAAGCUGAUUAUCUCUUCUGUCAUUCAGCUAGAGGUGAUCUCUGGGACGCAGCCCUGACUUAUUUUGGCUACGACAUUCUAGAGACUCGGCGGCAUUAUCCACGAAAAGCACGAUAUACUCACGGAUACACACGUGGAGAUUUUGAAAAGCUGUGGCACGGCAGAGAAGGUGACUGUCCUUACUGGGACGAUCAGCCGUGGCCAGCCUCCGGACAAACCGACACGGUAGAACACCUUUGCCCCCCAAUACGAGGCCAACUAUGCGAAAGCUGUCUAUGCUGUGUGGAAACGCUCGAUUGCGUUGAUUGCGGUGUCUGUCUGUCUUCCUUCGAGUUCUUUUGCGAAGAUGACGAUCAUAAACACAGCCAAUUCUGCCCGAGAGAGCAAGUCGCAGCCUGGGAACUGCGGGAAGAAGAAGAAGAAGUCUACUGGGAACUUGUGCACUUCUCAGACAGCAAAUCAGGUGAUAACGUCUUGUCGAGCGAAGAUUCCGAGGAUGGCGGAAUCUUAUUGCAAGACAGGCUUGAAGAAGCGUUUUCUGAUGCUUCAAGAGAAGAAUCAUGA